AUGGACACCAGAGCUGAAGGUGACAGUGAAUCAGUCGCGGAAGACAAAAGUGAAGCCAGCAACAAGUCAGGUAAGAGAAAAAAUCGACCUUCUCCUGACCCAACAAUCAGCCAAGCCAUGAAGAAAAAGGAUUUGAAGAAAAGCCCUCCACAAGGAGCGGCAAGGCGAAGCGACGAACAGGAAAAAGCGUCAGUCUGGCAAAAAGUUCAGUUCAAGCAAGAGCUAAAGCGACAGAAGAAAGAGAUGCUCUCAAAACAGACGUCAAAGGAGCCCCGACCUGAACCCAAGCGAAAGAAACCACGGAAAUGGAUCAGACCGGAUGCCCUCAUCAUUCGGCUGACAGAGAAAGCAAACCUCUCUACUGUCGAAUUCACCGCAUUUCUGGAUCGACUUACCGAGGACGCGAAGCAUUACCACCCAGUGGCAAUAGCUGGGGACUUCAACGCCUGGGCAGUAGACUGGGGUAGCAAGAAUACAAACGCGCGAGGAAAGGAAUUACUAGAAGCCUUUUCUACAUUAGAUGUAGUACUGCUCAACAAUGGUGACACACCAACCUACACCAAAGGAGACACAAGUUCUAUUGUAGAUCUCACUUUCGUCAGUGGCAGCCUCACCAGAGGUCAUAUCAACUGGAAGGUGAUGGAUACCUACACAGCCAGCGACCACAACGCGAUUCUCUGGGAAAUAUUAAACGCCCAGAGCCCAAGAAGACCUAAAAAGCAACUUAACACCAUUGGUUGGAAGGUAAAAACUCUUGACCCAAGGGCAUUGUUAGUAGCUCUCAAUAAUGACCAGAUUAUCGCGGGCUGCGCAGAAGAGAAGACCAAGGACCUGAUGAAAAGAGUGACCCAGGCGUGUGACGCCAGUAUGUCUCGUAGACGUGGCAUAAACACAAGACCUUCCGUUCACUGGUGGAACGACCACAUCAGCGCCCUUCGUAAAGAGUGUCAUCAGAAGAGAAGAAUAUCUCAGCACUUCAUCUGGAGCAGUCAGUCCUCGGACCUAGCAGAGGAGCAAUCUCUGCCGGUCCGAGGCUGA